AUGGGUGGAGGAGCAGGAUUUUGCUGCCCCUCAGAUCCGUCGGAGGAACCAGCAGCGCCGCAUGCUAACAAUGAGCCACCCCCAGCAGCAACAUCAGCACUUCACAAUGACGACGCACAAUUGCCAGCGCGUCCAGCAGCACCAGCCGCCUCUGCUGAUGCGGGUGUUAGUGCUGUAAGUUGUAUGCUCAACGGCGGCAACGCCACUUCUGCAAGAGAGUUAGUGGUUCAGCAGGCAGUUCCCUUCUCUCCCACUCCCCCAUACCCCUUGCUGCCUCCCUUCAGCGCUGACGCUUUUGCCGUUUCUUCUUCCCUUUCUGCCCUGUGGGACGAAUCCAGUGAGAGGCCCUCGAUCCUGGAAUUGUUGUUGCAGCUGCUGCAGCAGCUCAGCCAGGAUCCCAACAGCGAGCUGUACAGGCACCUCCUCAAAUAUGGGAUACUCGCAGAUACAGGCAUUCCGCGUGCAGAACUUGCUCCAGUGGAAAACUGUGGUGUUUCAAACUGCAGCAGUGAGGGCGGGGGGGAGGAUUGGGCAGAGAGGGCAGCGGCAGCGAAGGCUGUCGCCGCACUGCCUGGAGUGUAUAUACACCCUCCUGAUGGCCUCACUCUCAGUCCAGAGGCGGUGAAUCUCUGCCCUACUCAGGGCCCGCCCGAGCAGCAGGAUUUGCAACAGGUGUUGCAGCAGAUGGCACUUGCUGCUGCCGCUGCCUUCGAGGUACUAGAUCUGCAGCCUCCCGCGAAGCAGCAUGCUUCUGCAGCGGUAGUUGUAUCGGCACCAGAUCCAGCAGAGGCAACGUCUGCUGGCUCGGCAAAGGAAGCUCGACGGCAGCAGCAGCAGCAAAACACAGCGACCGAGAAUUCGGACGCCACACGAUUCGGAAGAGUCCACGACAGCAGCAGCCGCAGCCGCAACAGUACCAGUCGCUCCUUGGCGGAUUCUGAAGGAAAGGAGACGAGCGACAGCAUUUACAGCAGAGCAGCAGCAAGUGGUUUUCCCCCCUUUCGGUCAUACAGAGAGGUGUACAAGCACUGGAAGCUGUUCCAACAGCAACUCCUGCCUGCAGGCUUUUCGCAUUCUCUUUUCUUCGGUCGUUCCUUUGUCUUCCACGUGCUGCAGCAGCAGCUUCCUGCGUUGCUUCCCUUGCUGCGGGCGGCAGGAGGGGCAACCCUGAGCGACAAGAGCUUUAUGACUGGCUUGUGUUCCCUAAUUGGGAUGAAGCAGGGGCUUUUUGAUGCAAUUUAUAAGAGGUUUAUUUCCAAGAAGGCGGUAUUUCCGGAGUCUGUCCUCCCGUCAGAGACUGGUCUUGGUUUUUUGCAACGAGAUGCGGGUGGCGCCCUUGAGGAAGAGAUGGGGGUUAUUCAUUUCUGUUGCUGCACGAACGACAGGCGUUCAUCAUCGCUUACAAAGUUGAUCUCAGCAAAAAAUAUAUUCUCUAGGCAGCUCCCCAAGAUGCCCAGAGACUAUAUUGCGCGUCUGGUGUUGGAUAGAAGCCAUUUUACUUUUUGUCUUUGCAAGAAAGACAGGGUUGUCGGCGGUGUCUGUUUCAGGCCGUAUUUUCAGCAGCGCUUUGCUGAAAUCGCCUUUCUCGCCGUCACCUCUACGGAACAAGUCAAAGGAUACGGAACACGGCUCAUGAGUCACUUAAAGGAAUUCGUCAAGAAAAGCGGGAUCGAGUAUUUUCUCACAUACGCAGAUAAUUUCGCAGUUGGAUAUUUCAGGAAGCAAGGAUUUACAAGCCGCAUUUCUCUGCCGAGGGACCGUUGGCUGGGGUAUAUCAAGGACUACGACGGAGGCACAUUGAUGGAAUGCCGAAUUAGCAGCAAAGUGGAUUACCUCAGGCUGUCUGCCUUGCUAGACAAGCAGAGGAAAGCAGCGGAGGAUUGCAUUGAAGAGAGCACCAAAAGGGUCUUGAUGCCCGGACUGGACAUCUGGCAGAAGGAUCCCUCUCGCGUGUUGCAGCCCUCUGAAAUCCCUGGCCUCAUUGCUGCAGGGUACAAGGAGCCGAGUACGGGGGCAGAUGGAACUGGUGGGCCGGGCAAGGCGGUAGAAAAUGGGAGUGGCGCUGCAGGCGGCACAGCAGCUGCGGCAGCAACGGCGGCUUCCAGCAAGCAGCAACAGGAGGAGAAACAGCGACGCUCCCUGAAAAACCAGAUAGCAGCUCUUUUAUGUCUGCUGGACCGCCACCCCUCCUCCUGGCCGUUUAGGCGCCCCGUCUCUGUGUCUGAAGCGCCAGAUUAUUACGAAGUGGUGAAGCACCCCAUCGACAUCAGCAGCAUGAGAAGAAAGAACAAGAGUGGUGGGUACCGGACAAAGCAGGAACUCGGAUCAGAUAUGGUGCGGAUGUUCGAAAACUGCCGACUGUACAACAACAGCGACACGAUUUACUACAAGUACGCCGACGAGCUCCAGCAAUUCAUUUGGCCCAAAUAUGAGGCAUUGUCCGGCCCGUAG